GUGUUGGGUUUGUUAAUGAAUCCAUGUCAUUUUCUUUGUCCGCAAGUUUCCAGCUGUAUCUGCCUCUACACUUGGACCCUUUCACUGGAUUAAGCCAAGCAACUACAGGAAAGGCAAAAUUGGCUUUAAUUUGAAUGGGAGAGCGAAUAAAGGACAACCCUUUUUGACAUUAUGGUUACUGGAAAAGGAGAGAAAAAGAGGGGAAAAGAGGAAAAAAAUGUGGAUUUUGGGAAAUCUGGUGGAUUUCAUCAAGAAACCGAUUAGUAAGAGACAAAAUAUACUUGGAAAAAAGAGAGGAAAGAGAGAAGCGACAGCGAGGAAAACACUUGGCCAAGUUCAAUGGAGAGAAGCAAAGCCUACGUUUACUCUUUCCUCCUCAUUUCCACAGCAUAAACGUGCUCUCCAAGCUCAUCUACGUUCUCCUUUCUUUUCUUGGUAUACAUAUAUAUAUCUCCACCAAGUCACCGCUUCUCUCCUGCAUACAUCAAAACAACCAAAUCAGCAAACUGGGAAUUGGGCUUUUUUUCUUUUCAGCACUUGAAGGCAGAAGAGAAGCUGAUCAUCAGGUUCGCACACCAUGGAUAAAGAGGAGGAGGAUGGAGGGAGUGUUCAUUUGCAGGUUUCAGAGCUGACAAAGCUGAGUGGAGCCUGCAGUUCAGGAGACACCAUGUUUACACCCCAGAGCAGGAUUGAGAAGGGAGACAGCAACAAUUCAAAUUCUGUUUCUGAGAUAAGGCCAGCAGUUUCUGCACCAGAGAAGCAGCUCACAAUCUUUGCUCUUAGGCUUGCAGUUCUGGAGAAGGUAGCUACUAGUCUGGGAACUCUGGGGUUUAUCUGGGCAACAGUUGUUCUUCUAGGAGGUUUUGCCAUUACUUUGGCGAAGACCGACUUCUGGUUCAUCACCAUUAUUCUGUUGAUUGAAGGGACUCGGAUUUUUAGCAGGAGCCAUGAGCUUGAGUGGCAGCACCAAGCCACCUGGUCGGUUACAGAUGCUGGGAUUAAUAGUUUCCGGGCCCUGAGGUCAAGCUCACACUUCCUAUUUGAAACUGUGAAAUCAAUUUGCAGGCCAAUUGCAGUUAGGAAACAAAGCCAACAUAGUAGAGAAGUUUCAGGGAGGAACAACCCUGAGGCAAGUCCGGGAAACUGGGGGACUAGGAAGAUGCCGAGUCGAACAUGGAAGACUUCAGAUGUUCCUCUGCUGCCAUAUGCGCCUUGGGUUUUCCUGUCCAGGAAUAUCAGUAAGCUUCUCUAUUGGCUCCAGCUUUUAUCUGCAACAGCCUGUGUUGUUCUCUCAUUGCUGAAGCUCAUCAAACAUGACUAUGGGGAGGUGGCAAAAGGGGAUUCUGACAAGAGGAACCGGAAAUCUGCUCUGACUAUUUUCUAUGCCUUGGCCUUGGCAGAGGCUUUGAUGUUUCUAGUGGAGAAAGCUUACUGGGAGUGGAAGCUCAGCUUCUGUAGACUGUUGGAGAAGGUGAAUAAGGAGUGUGACUUGGGGGAUACAGGUAUGGUUUCAAUCAGAAGGUUCUUCUAUGAUGCCUAUUCCAAAUGUGUUAAUGGAAGCAUUUUUGAUGGUCUGAAAAUGGACAUGGUUUCUUUUGCCAUGGAUCUCUUGGCCUCCAAUUCCCCUGAUGAACAACUUAUUGGAGCUAGAAUUCUCCGGCAGUUCGCCAUGAGUGAGAGGUAUUCUGAUGACACCCUUCAGAAGAUUGGUAUAAAUUUACCUGUGAUUGAAAGAUUAGUCGAGAUGUUGAACUGGAAAGAUCCCCAAGAAGAAGAGAUCAGGCAAUCCGCCGCAGAAAUCCUUUCAAAACUAGCAGGGAAAAAGCAAAACUCCCUCAGGGUUGCCGGAAUACCUGGUGCGAUGGAAUCAAUUUCAUCUCUGCUGCAAACCCACAGAAACCCCAGCAGUGCACCUGAUGAAAUCUGUGAGAAGAAAAUCAUCUUCGACCAAGGAAACUACGGGUACUGGACAUUCAAUCAUCUGGGACUUCUUAUCCUGAAGAAACUGGCUCGUGACCAUGAUAACUGUGGAAAGAUUGGAAACACAAGGGGCCUCCUGCCAAAAAUCGUAGACUUUACACAUGCUGAAGACAGGCUGUUGAAGGAUGAGAAUGUGACACAAUCUCAGAUUCUCACCGUGAAGAGAUCUCUGCAACUGGUCAAGAUGCUGGCAAGCACAACAGGCAGCACAGGGAAGCUUCUCAGAAGUGAGAUUUCAGAGGUAGUUUUCACAAUCAGCAACAUCAGAGAAAUCCUGAGGAAUGGGGAGAAACAUCCAAAGCUACAAAAACUGGGCAUAGAGAUUUUAACCAGUCUGGCACUGGAAGAGAAUGCAACAGAGAGGAUUGGGGGCACAGGUGGAGUUCUUAAAGGACUGUUCAACAUUUUCUUCAAGCAGGGAAUGGCAGGGGACCAGAAUCAUGUAAAGAUAGCAGCUGGUCAAGCUCUGGCAAUGCUGACAAUGGACAGUAAGAGUAACUGUCAUCGCAUACUCAAACUCAAGGUGUUGGAAAAGCUGGUGGGAGCCUUGGAGGUUCCAUUGCUUAGCGUGAAUGCUGCUAGAAUCUUAAGAAAUUUAUGCGCCUUCAGUGGAUCAGAGUGCUUCAACCAGUUGACGGGGGUCAGAGCUGCAGCACCAACAGUGCUCAAGGCGAUUAUGUCAGAAGAGAACAAACUGCAGGAAGUAAUGCUUGGACUAGCAGCACAUGGUUUCAAAUUCAUGACUUCCGAAGAAUCAAGCGUUUUCUUCGAGAAAACUGGGAUUAAAGAAGUGCAUUUAGCUCAUGAACUGGUGGAGAUUCUGAGGAAGUACAAGUAUCCACCAAUUAAGGUUCCAAGAAUAAGGCGUUUCACCAUAGAGUUAGCAAUUUGGAUGAUGCGAGACAAAGAAACAAAUGUUCAUAUUUUCAAGGAUUUGGGGAUGGAGAAGGAGCUGGAGGGUGUGUUAGAGACAACCUCAGAGAUAGAAAGUUUCAACAUUUUCUCUGGUACUGUUGGGCUGAACCGCCAUGGCACAAGCAUGCAUUCCUUAGUUGAGACUGCAUUGAAGUUGCUGGAAGAACAGUAAAAUUCAGAUCAGCAACAUGAAUAUACAAAUAAAAUGAUUGUGUAAAUAAUAAAUAUUCAUCCAUCCAUCCAACUUAUAAUAUAUUCUUUUUUCCCUGAGUAAUAAAUAAGUACAUGGAAGACAUGGUGUACCUUACAUUUGAAGCAAA